UCCGAGUAAAAUUGUCGCGGCGCCCGAAUGCCGCAUUUGCCACCAUGGCCAGAAGAGCAUUAAAACUCACAUCAUUUGCCAGUGUAGCAGCCAUGGCAGCAACUGGUUCCUAUUUAUAUGGCAAGAAGAACCUGGAUCCCAAUGAUUUUGGAAUUGUUCGAGUAGGUCGUGCUGUUGCCACAACAGCGGUAAUUACUUUUGACUACCUCACUUCUCUCAGGAGUGUUCCACGUGGGACAGAAGAGUACGACCAUGUCAAAUCGCAGGUUCACCUGCGUUCUGCAGAACGGCUCCGAGACUUGUGCUGUGCCAAUCGAGGCACCUUCAUCAAAGUGGGACAGCACCUGGGGGCUCUUGACUAUCUCUUGCCUGAGGAAUACACCCAUACACUUAAGGUGCUACACAGCCAAGCUCCCCAGAGCAGCAGGCAGGAGAUUGAACAAGUGAUCCGGGAGGACCUGGGGAAAGGGAUUAAUGAAUUGUUUGUAAGCUUUGAAGAUGCUCCACUGGGGGCAGCAUCCCUGGCCCAAGUCCACAAGGCUGUUCUACAGGAUGGGAGGACAGUUGCGGUGAAAGUUCAGCAUCCUAAAGUCCAAGCACAGAGUUCUAAGGAUAUUCUGCUGAUGGAGAUCCUUGUCUUGGCUGUGAAGCAGAUCUUCCCAGAUUUCGAGUUCAUGUGGUUGGUAGAUGAAGCUAAAAAGAACCUGCCUCUUGAGCUGGACUUCCUUAAUGAGGGGAGAAAUGCUGAAAAGGUGGCCAGCAUGCUCAGAUGCUUUGACUUUCUAAAGGUCCCUAAGAUUUACUGGGAACUUUCAACGAGGCGUGUGCUGUUCAUGGAGUUUAUGGAAGGCGGGCAGGUGAAUGACAAGGCCUACAUGGAGAGAAAUGGCAUCAGUGUCAAUGAGAUUUCCCGGAACCUGGGGAAGCUGUACAGCGAAAUGAUCUUUGUGAAUGGCUUUGUGCACUGUGAUCCACACCCAGGCAACGUGUUGGUGACGAAGUGCCCAGCAACGGGCAAGACACACAUUAUACUUCUAGACCAUGGGCUCUAUCAGGUGCUGUCAGACAACUUCCGAAUGGACUAUUGCCGGCUCUGGCAGGCCCUGAUCAAGGCUGAUAUGAAGCGGGUCCAAAAAUACAGCCAGCGACUGGGAGCGGGGGACCUCUACCCACUCUUUGCCUGUAUGCUCACUGCCAGGUCCUGGGAAUCCGUCAACAGGGGCAUUGAUCGGGUGCCAGUCACAACAAAAGAGAAUGUGGAAAUCCGGACCAACGCUGCCACUUACCUGCCUCAAAUCACCAAGCUUCUCAACAACGUUCCUCGUCAGAUGCUGCUGCUCCUGAAGACCAACGAUUUGCUGAGGGGAGUGGAGUCCACUCUGCAGACGCGGGCCAGUGCCAGCUCCUUCCUCAGCAUGUCUCGCUGCUGCAUACGAGCUGUUGCCACGUAUCAGAGGAACAAGAGUCACUCCCUGUACCGGAAGGCCCAGAUAACCCUCUCCGAGGCCCUGAGCUUGUGGCAAAUCAACUUGUAUGAACUCUUCCUCCGGCUGAAGGGGUCCCUGCUGGGGAACUGGGUUAUUGCUUUCCUGAGUUGGAUGCACCAUUCUUCCUAGCAAUAGCAACUGGUGGGGCGAGCGAGCCAAGCACAAUUACCUCCUUGUCUUUCCUGACUGUAGCAUUCUGUUCCUGUUUCUACUGCUGGGCCUCUUUUACAUAACUCAUGGUGUUGUCCUCGUUGCCUUUUGCAGCCAGCCCUUCUCUCUAGCAUAUAGGAGGGAAAGGAGCAAAGCCCCAGGGAGCCAGAAGUCCCCUGUUUUUAGGCAUGGCUCAGGGAAGCGGCAGCUUGGAUAGAACUCUGCAAGUCUCUCAGUUCUCAGGUCUUUGGAGGGCCUCCAGGUGAAGUCCUGAAGGGCCACAUAAAAGGUGGUAAGUAUUUUUCAGGUCCAAUUAACCACAAUUAAGAAAAAUUAAAUCCAACCCCCCUCCCCCAAUAUAUACUGUAACUUAAAAUUCUGCAAAGUAAUACGAGCCUCUAAUAACAACAUGCAGAAGUCUUCCUCAAUCUGGUACUCUCCAGAUAUUUCAGACAACAACUCCCACCAGUCCUAGCCAGCAGGGUCAAAGGUCAGGGCUGGUGGCAGCAGUAUCCUAAAGCAUUUGCAGGGCACCCAGGUUGGAAGAGGCUGUUAUAUAUAUUUCUUGAACAUCUUCUACAGAAGAGUUGAGCCAGUCCCUGGUCAUACUAAAAUAUUCCAAAGCAAAACAGGCACCAAGUGGGCAAAGGGCUGGAAGCCUGAAUGGCAAAAUUAUAUUCCUAGUUCUGAGAGGCUUUGAAAGGAAUGGCUACAGUUGUGGAUCUCUUGAGUUCUGUACUCACGUCUGUCACUGAGUGGCUGCGGUUUAGGGUAUUUUUGGAUGUUUACUUUGCCUAGAUUGCCAGAUGUGUAAAAUGGAGGCAGGUGUGUUGAACUGCCUUUGAAGUGUACUGUGCUAUUAUCUCAGCAUUCAUUCAAAGCUCAAGUGCUGGUCAUGUAUGUGUAUUUGCAUGGGGAAAUAAACUGGGUUUUCCUCUGUUGGGAGGAAAAGGUA